AUUUGCAAGACUUGAAGGACCAGACCGAGGCUUCUCCUUGGAUUCCUUGCCUGUUACCUGCCUCUGUCGCCUCCCCGGGGAAGUCAGGAUGAAUGUGCAGGCUUGCUCUAGAUGUGGCUAUGGAGUGUACCCCGCUGAGAAGAUCAGCUGCUUAGAUCAGAUAUGGCACAAAGCGUGUUUUCACUGUGAAGUUUGCAAGAUGAUGCUGUCUGUUAAUAACUUUGUGAGUCACCAGAAAAAGCCAUACUGUCACGCUCACAACCCCAAGAUCAACACUUUCACGAGUGUCUAUCAGACGCCAUUAAAUGUAAACAGGAGGAAGUCUCCAGGAGACCUCCAUGGGGUUGAUGAGCAAGAGGAUGGUGGAAGGUUUAAAUCGGUGUUUCAGUGGGACAUGGAAUCCAAGGACGGGGCAACUACAUCUAAUGAGCGGCCAUUGGUGAACGAGAGACCCUAUUGGACUGGAUACGGGGAAGGGAAUGCUUGGUGCCCAGGAGCUCUGCCAGACCCUGAAAUCGUAAGGAUGGUUGAGGCUCGAAAGUCUCUUGGUGAGGAGUACACAGAAGACUAUGAGCAACAGAGGGGCAAGGGGAGCUUCCCAGCCAUGAUCACGCCUGCUUAUCAAAGGGCCAAGAGAGCCAGCCAGCUGGCCAGCCAAGUGGAAUACAAGAGAGGGCACGAUGAGCGAGUCUCCAGGUUCACCACAGUGGCGGACACUCCUGAGCUGCUACGGGCCAGGGCUGGGGGACAGCUUCAAAAUGAUGUGAUCUACACUGAGGACUAUGAACAGCAGAGAGGCAAAGGCAGUUUUCCUGCUAUGAUCACACCUGCUUAUCAGAUAGCCAAAAGGGCCAAUGAGCUGGCGAGUGAUGUGAGGUACCAUCAACAAUAUCAAAGAGAAAUGAAGGGAAUGGCUGGCUCAGCCACGGCAGCCGAGGCCACAUUAGCGAGGGACUAUGUGGACCAGUGUGGUCAGGGUUACUUGGAGGACGAUGAGGAGCACAGAGGGAAGGGCAGCUUCCCCGCCAUGAUCACCCCAGCUUAUCAGAACGCCAAGAAAGCCCACGAACUCGCUAGUGAUAUAAAAUACAGGCAGGACUUCAACAGGAUGAAAGGUGCUGCUCAGUACCACUCCCUCCCGGCCCAGGACAACUUGGUUCUGAAGCGGGCUCAGAGCGUGAACAAGCUUGUGAGCGAGGUGGAGUAUAAGAAGGAUCACGAAAGUAGUAAAGGUCACAGUAUCAACUACUGUGAAACACCUCAAUUCAGGAACGUGAGCAAGAUCUCAAAAUUCACCAGUGAUAAUAAAUAUAAAGAAAACUACCAGAACCACAUGAGAGGCCACUAUGAAGGAGUUGGUAUGGACAGACGGACUCUCCAUGCGAUGAAAGUUGGAAGUCUGGCCAGCAACAUUGCCUACAAAGAGGAUUAUAAACACGAUGUUGUCGACUACAACUACCCAGCCACUCUCACUCCUUCCUAUCAAACAGUCAUGAAACUCGUUCCCUUGAAAGAUGUCAACUACAGGCAAAGCAUUGACAAGUUGAAGUACAGCUCUGUGACCAACACCCCUCAGAUUGUUCAAGCCAAAAUCAAUGCCCAGCAACUGAGUCAUGUGAAUUACCGUGCUGACUAUGAGAAAAACAAGUUGAAUUACACACUGCCCCAGGAUGUACCUCAACUGGCGAAGGCCAAAACUAAUGCCGAGCUCUUUAGCGAGAUUAAGUACAAAGAAGGCUGGGAAAAGUCCAAGGGGAAAGGAUUUGAAAUGAAGCUGGAUGCCAUAUCUCUGCUGGCCGCCAAAGCCUCCGGAGAGCUUGCUAGCAAUAUUAAAUACAAAGAAGAAUAUGAAAAAAGCAAAGGCAAAGCCAUGGGAACUACGGACUCUAGGCUUCUGCACUCCCUGCAGGUUGCCAAGAUGAGCAGCGAGGUUGAAUACAAGAAAGGCUUUGAAGAGAGCAAGACCCACUUUCACCUGCCCAUGGAUAUGGUAAACAUCAGGCACGCUAAGAAGGCCCAAGCUCUGGCCAGUGACCUGGACUACAGGAAAAAGCUGCAUGAAUACACCGUGCUGCCCGAAGAUAUGAAGACACAGUGGGCCAAGAAAGCCUACGGGCUCCAGAGCGAGCUGCAGUACAAAGCUGACCUGGCGUGGAUGAAAGGCGUGGGGUGGCUGACGGAGGGCAGUCUCAAUUUGGAACAGGCCAAGAAGGCUGGACAGCUGGUCAGCGAGAAAAACUACAGGCAGAGGGUGGACGAGCUGAAGUUCACCAGUGUGGCCGACAGCUCCCAGAUGGAGCACGCCAAGAAGAGCCAGGAGCUGCAGAGCGGGGUGGCCUACAAGGCAGGAAACGAACAGUCCCUCCACCAGUACAGCAUCAGCAAAGACGAACCCCUCUUCUUACAGGCCCGAGCCAAUGCUGCCAAUCUCAGCGAGAAACUGUAUAAGAGCAGCUGGGAAAACCAGAAGGCAAAAGGCUUUGAGCUUCGUCUUGACUCCUUGGCCUUCCUGGCAGCCAAAGCCAAGAGGGACCUGGCCAGUGAGGUGAAGUACAAGGAGGACUAUGAGAGGUCCAGAGGAAAGCUCAUUGGGGCCCAGGGUGCCCAGGGCGACUCCCAGAUGAGCCACUCCCUGCAAAUGUCCAAGCUGCAGAGCGACCUGGAGUACAAAAGGGGAUUCGAGGACACCAAGUCCCAGUGCCACGUCUCCCUAGACAUGGUCCACCUUGUGCACGCCCGCAAGGCUCAGCAUUUAGCCACAGACGUAGGCUACAAGACGGCAUCUCAUCACUUUACAGCUCUGCCCACGGACAUGAAGGUGGAAUGGGCCAAGAAGGCCUACGGUUUACAGAGUGAUAACCAAUACAGGGCAGAUGUGAAGUGGAUGAAAGGCGCGGGCUGGGUCGCCGUCGGGUCAUUAAAUGUGGAGCAGGCGAAGAAGGCAGGAGAACUCAUUAGCGAGAAGAAGUACCGUCAGCAUCCAGAUGCUUUGAAGUUUACCAGUAUUAAAGACACUCCGGAGAUGGUCCAGGCCAGAAUUAGUUACACCCAAGCAGUGGAUAGGUUAUACAAGGAACAAGGAGAAAACAUAAAGCAUCAUUACACGCAGACAGCCGACCUCCCGGAAGUCCUGCUGGCCAAGCUGAAUGCCAUGAACAUCAGCGAGACACGGUAUAAGGAAUCCUGGAGCAAACUUCGAGACGGCGGGUAUAAGCUGAGACUGGAUGCCAUCCCGUUCCAGGCGGCGAAGGCCUCCGGUGAAAUCAUCAGCGACUACAAAUACAAAGAGGCAUUUGAGAAAAUGAAAGGGCAGAUGCUCGGCUCCCGGAGCUUGGAAGACGAUAUCAGCCUUGCGCAUUCAGUGUACGCCAGCUCGCUGCAGAGUGAAGUGAAUUACAAGAAAGGCUUUGAACGCUCAAAGGCACAGUUCCAUCUGCCGUUGGACAUGGUCACCCUGGUGCAUGCCAAGAAGGCUCAGAGCCUGGCCAGCGACCAGGACUACAGACACCCGCUCCCCCAGUACACGUCCUUGGCGGAGGACCUGAGGCUCAGCUGUGCCAAGAGAGCUCACAAGUUGCAGAGCGAGAAUGAGUACCGGUCGGACUUGAACUUCAUGCGAGGGGUGGCCUGUGUCAUUCCAGGCACGUUAGAGAUCGAAGGAAGGAAAAGAGCGUCUGAACUCAUCAGUGAGAGCAAAUACCGUCAGCAUCCCCAGUCAUUCAAGUACACAGCUGUGACAGACACCCCCAGCCUCCUUCAAGCAAAACUCAGCAACCAGAUUACGAACGAGCGCCUCUACAGAGCAGCCGGGGAGGAUGCGAGACACCAGUACACGAUGACCCUGGGGCUGCCCGAGUUCGUCCGAGCGAAAACAAAUGCGGCCAACCUGAGUGACGCAAAAUACAAGGAGUCUUGGCAUAAUCUCCGCGCUCAAGGCUACAAGCUGACAAUAGACGCGCUCCCCUUCCAGGCUGCUCGGGUCUCUGGAGAUAUCGCCAGUGAUUUUCUCUACAGACACGACUUUGUGAAGGAGCGAGGGAGGCUGAUCGGGGCGCGGAGUGUCAGCGACGACCCCCGGCUCCGGCACUGCCGGCGGGUGGGCCAGCUGCAGAGCGAGCUCCAGUACAGGAGGCAGGCAGUGGGCAGCCACGCCCAGUACCACCUGCCCAUGGACAUGGUGCCCCUGGUCCACGCCAGGAAGGCCCAGGCCCUGGCCAGCGACCACGACUACAGGACACGGUGCCACGAGUUCACGGCGCUGCCCGAGGACCUGAAGAUGGCCUGGGCCAAGAAAGCUCACGCCCUGCAGAGUGAGUUUCGCUACAAGUCAGACCUGAUGGGCAUGAAGGGCACAGGAUGGCUGGCGCUGAGCUCCCCGCAGAUAGAGAGUGCAAAGAAGGCUGGAGAGCUCAUCAGCGAGACCAAGUACCGGAAAAAACCAGACAGUCUCAAGUUCACCUCGGUCGUCGACUCCCCGGACAUGGUUCAUGCCAAGAACAGCUACCUGCACUGCAGUGAGCGCCUGUACAGGUCCGGGGAUGCGGAAUCCCUGCACAGAUUCACCCUGAUCCCCGACCACCCCGACUUCAUCAGAGCCCGCCUCAACGCGCUGCACCUGAGCGAUAAAGUCUACAGAAACUCUUGGGAGCAGACUCGGGCUGGCGGCUACGACUUCAGGCUGGACGCCAUCCCGUUCCAGACCGCCCGGGCGUCCAGGGAGAUCGCCAGUGACUUUCGGUACAAAGAGGCCUUCCUGCGGGACCGGGGCCUGCAGAUCGGGUACCGCAGCGUCAACGACGACCCAAGGAUGAGGCAUUUCCUCAGCGUCGGCAAGCUCCAGAGUGACAAUGAGUACAAGAAGGACUUUGCUAGGAAUCGGUCCCGGUUCCACAGCCGCCCAGACCAGCCCGGCUUCCUCCAGGCCAAGAGGAGCCAGCAGCUGGCCAGCGACGUGUGCUACAGGCAGCCCUUGCCCCAGCCCACCUGCGACCCGGAGCAGCUGGGCCUGAAGCACGCACAGAGGGCCCACCAGCUGCAGAGUGAUGUCAAGUACAAAUCAGACUUGAACCUGACCAGAGGUAUUGGCUGGACCCCUCCUGGCUCCUACAAAGUGGAGAUGGCUCGGCGGGCUGCAGAACUGGCCAAUGCAAGGGGCCUGGCUCUCCAGGGGGCUUACAGAGGGCCAGAGGCUGUGGAGCCCGGAGAUCACCAGAGGGGGGAUGUGAACCCAGAUGCCACUGAGAUUCUGCACGUCAAGAGGAGGAAGGUGCUGCCGUUGUGAGCAAGUGGGUCCACCCAGGAUUCUCGGGAGAGAUGCUGGAGAGGAAGCUUGCACGCCAGCGACAGGCCUAGGUGGCUUCAGCUUGGGCGAGCUGUGCAACGAACAGCACACCAGCCAUGCCCUGGUCGCCUUUAUUAAAGUAACAAGUCUGUGAAAGCA